GGGCGGGAGGGGGGGUGAGGCGGAGGGAGGCAGCGGAAAAUGGCGGCAGCCGCGGUAGCGGCGGUGCGGGCCUGGUUCUGGAACGAGCGUUUCUGGCUGCCUCACAACGUGACGUGGGCCGACCUGGCCGGCGAGCCGGACGGCGGGCUGCAGUACCCGCGGGCGAGCCACGUCCUCUCCGCCUUCCCGCUGGCGCUCGGUAUCUUCGCCGUGCGACUGUUGUUCGAGAGGUUUAUUGCCAAGCCGUGUGCCAUAAACCUCGGCAUACAAGACAGUGGAGCUCACAGAGCCCAGCCCAAUGCGAUUUUAGAGAAAGUGUUUACAUCCAUCACGAAGUCUCCAGAUGGAAAAAGGUUAGAAGGCUUGUCAAAGCAGCUAGACUGGGAUGUUCGAAAGAUCCAACGCUGGUUUCGGCAUCGGAGGAACCAGGACAAACCCACCACCAUCACUAAAUUUUGUGAGAGCAUGUGGAGAUUUACCUUCUAUUUAAGUAUAUUUCUUUAUGGAAUCAGGUUUCUCUGGACGGCACCCUGGUUUUGGGACACACGACAGUGCUGGUACAGCUACCCCUUUCAGCCUCUAACAUCCAGGCUUUAUUAUUACUAUAUCUUGGAGCUGGCCUUCUACUGGUCUCUCAUGUUUUCUCAGUUUACAGACAUUAAACGGAAGGACUUCCUGAUCAUGUUCGUCCAUCAUUUGGCUACAAUUGGGCUCAUUACGUUCUCUUACAUGAAUAAUAUGGUGCGUGUUGGAACACUGGUGCUGUGUCUCCAUGAUGCAUCUGAUUUUCUCUUAGAGGCUGCAAAGUUAGCCAAUUAUGCCAAGUACCAGCGUCUCUGUGAUGCCUUUUUCAUGCUCUUUGGUGUUGUGUUCAUUGUUACACGUUUGGGCAUUUAUCCAUUCUGGAUUUUGAAUACAACGCUAUUCGAAAGCUGGGAACUGAUUGGGCCUUAUCCUUCCUGGUGGCUGUUCAAUGGCCUUUUGGUAACCCUGCAGAUCCUGCAUGUCAUCUGGUCCUAUCUCAUUGUUCGCACUGCCUACAAGGCCCUCGUGCGGGGAAAGGUAUCCAAAGAUGACCGCAGCGAUGUAGAAAGCAGCUCUGAGGAGGAGGAUGUGACGUCCAACAGCACAAAAGGAGUUUUCAGCACUUCGAGCAAUGGCUCCAACCGCAUUAACGGCCAUGUGGCCGGCGGGCAGUGGACAGAGGAGGAAUAAGGCCCUGGGUUGGCCUUGAGCAAACACGAACUUGUCUCUGCAUAUUUAGAUGUGUUGAACUCUGCAUUCCCAAGUGAUUUUUAAUCAAGAUACCCCUUCCCCAGAAACCUCCAGCAAAUCUGAAACGGGCACAAUCCAGACCAGUCCAAGGCUUGGCAUGACAGAAGGGAGAAAGCCAAUUACUAGGGCAAAGAGCAAGCUGCAGAUUUCACUUUAAGCCAUUUUGUACUUCAAUCUUAGCGCCAUCGACGUUUGCAGAGGUAUCUUUGUAUUUGACAAACUGGUUUGUACUGGGAUCAACUCAAGGUGGAAUGAGUUUGGGCUCAACUGGCCACGGUUGGUGAAUGCACUGCCAGCGACGACGGCUCAUUCAACGCAGGGUCAGCAUCGUCUCCUUGAGGCACUCCGUAAGCAGCUCAGAGCAUGGGGAGUGCCUGGUUUUUGCUCCCCACAUACAGGCUGCAGCAGACUCAUCCCUUUGUGCUACAGCCAACCUCUGCGUUGCAUUGUGCUACAACAGAAAAGUUGCUCCAGCUUCUCUGGGGUGCUGUGUGUUAAGGAGGCUAUAGCUUGUUAACUCUGCUCUCAAGAGGGACCAGGCCAGCAUUUGCUGCCUCUUCUGGUGCUGAAAGCCCCUCUGAAGCCUCAGUGACAGCCAUCUGAAACAGGGGAGGGGAUUCAUUAUUGCCCCAAAGACAAGUAUCACAAUAUGUACCUUUUAAAUCUUCUUUUUUUUCUUUUGCAAGUUGUGGUUUUGAAGACAUUUCUAGAUCUACUGGAUGCAGUUGGCUGAGCAAGGAACUUGAGGGCAGACCAAUGCUGGGGGCUGUUCUUAGCUUUCCACAUAAUGAGGGGUUUCAGUCCUGCUCAACUGUGUUUUAGGACAGAAGUUAGAAUGGUGCUGCUCUCAUUCUGCAAUUUUUGUGGAGGAAAUCACUGGGCUGGAAAAGCAGCCACACUGUGGGUUAUGCUUCUUUUUUUACUCGAUGGUACUUGGGGGCAAUGGAGGACCUGCAUGUCAGUCACGAGCAGAAUUUUGGGAACUUCUUGAGUUGUUACCGUUUUAUACUGUUGUUUACUCUUAUCUCGAUUAAAAAACAAAACAAAAACAAACAAACAAAACCAACAAAGCA